AUGCCAGAAUCCUGUUUGUAUUCCGUUAAGGAAGUAACUGUUGCUAUUCUUGUUUCGCCAAUUCUUCUCGGUACUUAUUGUAUGACUAACUGGCAACAGCAUGAUUAUUGUAAGGUGAACAGUGGUGUUCUAUGUUACGUAGACUUUAAAAAUGGGUACUUCGCUCAUUUUGGAAUUGCUAUAAAUGGAGCAGAAAAAGGAGAGCUGGUUGCAAUGCUCCUAUCUCCAACUAUUUCAUCACCUAUACCUGCUUCUGUAGAUUCUUCUCGUCACGCAAAUGGAAGCCUAUUCACCAUUUUUCUCACAGCUCCUUUGCAGGCGUUCCUUCUCUUGCUUGGUUUUACCGGUUCUGAAAUUGAAAUGAAAUCAGGUUUUCAGGCUAUGUAUAGCAAGGCUGAGAAUCUGCUUUCCUCUUCGUUAAAUCACUGGGGAUCAAUGUUGGCAGCUUCUGACAAUCUUGAUCCUGUCUGGGCUCAAGUUUUGAGUGAUCCAUUCCUCAGGCGACUUCUCUUAAGAUUCAUGUUUUGUCGGGUGGUGUUAUCGCUAUACGCUCCAACAUUCAACAAGACAGAAUUUCUUCCUGAAUGUAUGCCUUGCCUCCCCGAGGAUGUGCUGCCAAUGAGUACCACAUCUCAAACAACCGUUCUGCAAAUAGCCGACAUCUUUGGUGCAACCAACAAGUUCAUCUUCUCAGAAGGAAUCAUGCUUUCUCCAAGCGGGCAUACCAAUGAGGAGUCAAUUUCAUCUUGAUGAAACUCAUUUCCCAUUUGUACACUUCACAUGUGAUGCUUGGAAGUGUGGUUGGGAAGAUCUCCAUAGAAGACUAUGCUGUGAGUUCCUUUUCUUUCGUUUUUCUGCUGCUAUUAUUAUUUUUUGGUAAGUAUGAGAGUUUUAGGCACUAUUGGAUAACACUAUUUUUAAGUACCUUUUUUUUUCAGUAGCGUUUGUUUUGUAAUUUUGUUUUUUCUUAUCAGAGCUUGUUUACUUUCUUUAAGCUUAAUCGUAUGUAUAAUAAUAGGCCAAUGC